UUUGGAAGCAUUGCCGCUAUUCCUGACGACUGGCUUGAUUGCAGGAGUGUACCAUCCGAUAAUAGCCUCAGUCUUCAAUGUUAUCUACCUGCUGGGCCGGCUUAUCUACGCUCAAGGCUACUCCACUGGAGAUCCGGAGAAGCGUGGCCGCGGCAGCUUCAUGUACAUUGGUUACCUUGGCAACGUUGGCCUGACGAUUUACACAGCGCUGUGUCUUCUGCGUGUAGUGUAGUUGAAUAGUUUGUGAUGUCAGUUUGGCAAAAGCAGGUCUUUGCCGUAUGCUGCAUUAAAUUGUUAUGUGUGUAGGACAUUUGUUCCUCGAAUCUCUAUAAUCCACUUCAUGUGUUCUAUCCCGUUAUGCUACAUAAUUUUUUAACUACACGCUCCCAUAUACUGUCUCUCUCUCUCUCUCUCUCUCUCUCUCUCU